CAAUGCACGUGACCCACCCUUUCCGCGAGAGCUGCAAUCCUCUGCUCUUUCGAGUAUCAACAAUCAACACAGCCCUACAUUGCUAAAAUCUUCCAACCAAACCCCAACAGAUCUCUUCCAUUCAUUCCUCCAUCAAUUCCAUCGUUUUUCUGCUCUCCUAUCUGACACCAUACUGCCACCAAAACCCCUAAUGCAAUUCGAUUUCUCCUGUUCAAAUUCAGACCUGGCAUCCAUGUCGCAUCAAUUCGAUUUAUUCCCACGAUAACAAAUUCUCACUGCAACAUCGCAUCCAUUUCGUUUUCUGUUUUGUUUUUUUUGCUUUCCCCUUUUUUCUUGCGAUUUAUGCCAUCACAUCUGGCGCUGCUGUCGUGCCUGCUGGUGCUGCUCCUCUCGCUCGACAAGUUCCUUCUCCACUACCUCAAGAGGCGCUGGUUCUCCGGCGCUGGCGCCGGCGGCACCGUCCCGCGGGGACCCGCCAAAUCGAGGCGACCCAUGGCGGCCGCCAAGUGGAGCGAGACGGCCAUGCUCGUCAUCGACAUGCAGAAGGACUUCGUGGACCCAGCGAUGCGCAGCCCGAUGCUGGUGGCGGGCGGCGAGGCCGUCGUCCCCACCGUCGCUGAGGCCGUCUCCGUCGCAAGGGAGCGCGGCAUCUUCGUCGUCUGGGUUGUCAGAGAGCAUGACCCUUCUGGAACAGAUGUUGAACUUUUUCGUAGGCACCACUACUCUGGCGGGAAGGGUCCGACAGUGAAAGAUUUGAAAGGUGCAGAGCUGGCUGAUGGGCUUGUUAUCAAAGAAGGGGACUAUAAGUUAGUGAAGACAAGAUUUAGUGCUUUCUUUGCGACGCACCUUCAUUCUGUCCUCAAAACUUCAGGAAUAAAGAACUUGGUUAUUGUUGGAGUUCAAACACCAAACUGCAUUCGACAGACUGUCUUUGAUGCUGUAGCACUGGACUAUGAGAAAGUUACAGUUAUUAUUGAUGCAACAGCUGCUGCUAGGCCAGAAAUCCAUUUAUCAAACAUCAGGGACAUGAAGAACAUCGGAGUGGAAACACCAACCUUGGAAGAAUGGCGCCGCUAGGCUUGCUGGUACAUCAUUCAAUUCUCAGCAGCAAAGAGACAUCCCCGAGUGCAUCAGAUGCAGCGCUUUUCACAUGGUGCUGAACUUGGUUGGUCUAGGUAGAACAAUGGCAGAUGCUGCUACAUAUGCAUUAUGCAUGUGUACAACUUAUAAGCCUUCCUAUGUAUAGAGAGUUCAGCACCAUGUGAUUGAUCAAAUGGUGAUCUGUGUGAACAGGCUGGUGUUUAAUCAAACCAUAUGAGAACUUGAGGAGACUGAAAGGACCCAAUAUAUGUAAGAGAUUUUCAGUGUUUUUGAGGUUGAA